AUGACGAAAAAUGAUGAGACUAUCAAAUCUUCAAGUGAAUUUGGUCAGCAUUGCGAGACCCUCCAGUCAGAGGUCCGAUUCGUUCUUGAAAAGUACACCAAUUUUAUCAAGUCUUACUUUGUCAAAGAUACAUUGUCUGAAGUAGAUAAAAACCUUGAGCACAUGCUUACUGGCUUGAGUACAAGUUGGGAUGAGAUGGAAAUGCUUGUAUCUAGUUUAUCUAAAUACUGGCAUGAGAAGAAACCAAGAAAACUAGAACCAGUCAGUAAUACAAUCAAAAUUUGGAACCUGAAUAAUCUUCCGGUAGAUAUACACAGAGAAUUGAGUGAGUACUUGACACCACAAGAAAACCAAAUAGUUGGUCAAACUUGCCAGUCAUUGCAACAAGUUUAUCGGACAUUGGCAUGGAAUAAUUGUAUCUUGGUAAGCGAGGUGCGCGAUAUUUAUGUAGUGCCUAAACUCGACAUAAGGGUAUCAAUGGGUAGGAUUUUUGUGAGCUGUGUUGUGAAUGAGCUGAACCAGUUGCCUGCAACUGUAGAAUGUGUUGUUUUGAAGGUGGUGAACAGCAAGUAUGAUGAUUUUAAUGAUUCUGAUUUUGAUGAAAUUGAGAAUGAAAACGAAGAUGAUGAUGAAGUUGAAGAAGAAAAUGAAGUUGAAGUUGAAGUUGAAGUUGAAGAUGAAGUUGAAGAAGUGGAAAAUGAAGAAGAUGAAGAAGAUGAAAAUGAUGAAAAUGAUGAAAAUGAAGUAAUUGAAGUGGUAGAAGAAGGAGAUGAACAUGAGCAUGAGCAGCAUGUACCACAAUUACACCAACAAAUGUGGAAAGAAGCGACAAAAGCACAGCCAAUCACGCUAACAAGCGUUACAGAAUUUCGGGCGGCAUCACAUAAUAAUGAAGUAUCUGCAUUUAUUGGAUUUGAAUUAAAAUUUUCACAACUUAAAACACUUUUGAUAUCGGGGUUUAAACUUUUUCCAGCGCGGAGAUACAGGGUUGGUGAAAACGAUAUGCAAAUUGAAAAGUUUAAAGAAAUUGGAAAUUUAUACAGUAAAGAGCUUUAA